CAUCUAUACAACCCAGCACCAUGUCGAGUUCAGGCAUUGACGCGCUCCCGUACUACGACAAGCAGAUCGACGACCAGGCACUCAAAGCCAAGGCAUUGGUUCUGAUCGAAGCCGAGCUCGGACAGACGCCACAGGUCGCCGACGACGAUGCGCGCUUGCCCCCCAAUGUCGAGGUCUUCCCCAAAUCUGCUGGCCUCGCUUCGUUGCUAGCCAACUAUGCCGACGAGCCCAUCCGCGGCAUCGACACUUCCAAGUACAACCCACCAAGCGUCCCUGAAGGAGCCAGCGUCGAGGAGCUGAUCGAGGCGGAGCGGAGAGGAAGGAUAGGCGAGGGUCACAUGGCUGUUCGUAACGACAACGUCGGCGUGCUCCAGUCAUACGGACCGAAUGCUUGGCUGGUCCGCAACUACCAGCUCAACUCGCAGUCCAAGGAGCUGCAAGAGACCCUCACACAGCUCAAGGAGCAGGUGACCGAGGUCAACCGCGCGCGCCGCGUGUUCCAGGAGGACGCAGGCGAGCACCUUGGCCGCCUCGAGAACAGGUGGCAGGACCUUGUCGGCUCGACGGUCCAGCUCGAGAUGGCGUGCAAGGCCAUGGAGGGCGAGGUGCGCGGCCUCCGCAGGAAAGAGGAGGAGCUCCGUCUCGAGGUGGCCCAGCUCGAGGGCUCGGCAUGAGGGCGAAGCAGACACAAAUGUAGAACUAGAGGCAGCUGCGCGCCGCGGCUGCGUGUAUUGUACUAUUACGUCUCCACAGUCACGAGCAUAUGAUAUACAUUGU